AUGCACAGAUUCGCUGAUCAGAUGUCACAACAAAAGUCGUUUAAAGAUGAAGAACACGAGUGCAUGGUAUUAGCUCUCCAGCACGUCAUCAACAACAAAGAAGCUGAAGCCCAGCCCCAAGGCCCGGCACACCAACGGCAACUAGCUGUAAUGGGUGAAUUAGAGGGCUUCGCGUCAAUAUCCCCAUCCUCCGCAACUGCAAGCAGCGGCGUCCCUGGUGGCGGCAGCAGCAGCCCUGGGACCAUGAUGGAGGACAAAGAUCAUGAUCAGAGUCGUAGUAACGACAAGAAGCAAAAACAAAAGAAGAAGAAGAAGAAUAGGGAUCGUGAGGUGGAUGGGGAAAAGAGGGUGGUACAUUUCAGAGGGGUGAGGCAAAGAUCAGAGGGCAAAUGGGUAGCGGAGAUUAGAAACCCCCAUCUAGGUCGAACCGAAUGGUUGGGCACCUUUACCUCGGCGGAGGAGGCAGCCAGAGCUUUCGACAGGAAAUGCAUCCAGUAUAAAGGAGAUCGAGCUAAGACUAAUUUCCCAUCCUCAGACUACGCUAACGCUAAUGAUGAUCAGUCGUCGAGCUUGCAACAACAACAACAACAAGCACUUCCUCCACCAGCAGCAGCACCGCCGCUAUCCGUUAACGCGCCUGUGGGGCAUGCUAGUCCACUACUAACUAAUACUGCCGCGGCCGGUGCAACUGCAACAAACAGUACUGCAACUGCUGCAGAUCCUGGAGGUACAAGUUGGGAAGAAGAUGAAGACUUGUGGGAUGUGUUCUUUCGGGGAGAUCAGAUACUUUCCGACAUAGACUGGAUGAUGUUUGAUUCUUCGCCACCAUUGGGACCUUAA